GAAUUAGGAGGUGGAGGUGGGCGGACCCCGAUUGUUAGUAAACGUUGAGCCACGUGCGAGGGUUAAUUCGGGCGCGCCCGAGAGUAGCGCAUGCGCAAUAGUUAUGCGGCCGGGCGGAAGCUACGGUAGGAUCUCUGCGCGCGUGGUCGGCGGCUAUGGAGGUAACUAAGCGUGCAGACGCCGAGGCAAGUACUGACACCGGAACAGAGUCCAACCCUCGAAAUCCAGUCUGCAGCCUCCGGCAUUUUGCUUGUGAACAGAACCUGCUGUCCCGGCCGGAUGGGUCUGCUUCUUUUCUGCAAGGUGACACCUCUGUCUUGGCUGGAGUGUACGGGCCGGCUGAGGUGAAGGUCAGCAAAGAAAUCUUCAACAAGGCCACACUCGAAGUGAUCCUGAGGCCGAAGAUUGGGCUGCCUGGCGUGGCCGAGAAGAGCCGGGAGCAGCUGAUCAGGAAUACAUGUGAAGCCGUGGUUCUGGGAGCCCUGCACCCCCGCACCUCAAUCACGGUGGUGCUGCAGGUGGUGAGCGAUGCUGGCUCUCUCUUGGCCUGUUGCCUGAAUGCUGCCUGCAUGGCAUUGGUGGACGCAGGUGUGCCCAUGCGGGCUCUUUUCUGUGGGGUCAGCUGUGUCCUGGACUCUGAUGGCAAUCUUGUGCUGGACCCCACAACCAAGCAAGAAAAGGAGGCCCGGGCCAUCCUGACCUUUGCUCUGGACAGUGUGGAGCAGAAGCUGCUGAUGUCCACCACCAAGGGCCUCUAUUCUGAUGCCGAGCUCCAGCAGUGCCUGGCUGCUGCCCAGGCCGCCUCACACCACAUCUUCCGCUUCUACCGGGAAUCACUGCAGAGGCGCUACUCCAAGAGCUGAGACAAGGCAGGGCAGGGCGCCCCGCCACCACGCCCACCACCUCCAGCUGCCACAGGCCAGCACCCCAGUUUACCUCUCUCUGUGCCCAUGUGGCUUCCAGUCCUACAGCAGCAGGGGCUCCUAUACCAGACUGGGGAGGAGGCUUAGGGACAUUUCCAAGCCUGGUCACAACCCUCCCCUCAACAGGACACCAUUAAAGGGAGCCUCACCUGUGUUGAGUGAAUGAGUCAAUAGCCACUGAUUCUGAUGUCUGGCGAGCACUUACUCAUUGGGCCUGCUGGGUGCUAAGAAGCUGGCACUGAAUGAGAGAGAGACCCAGGUCCCAUGUUCCAGGGUAAGAGAGAGGCGUGGUGGUACGUGCCAACAGUCCUACCAUUUGGCGUAGUGAGACCAGCAUGGGCUACCCGAGACUGUCUUAUUUUUAAAAAGAAGGUGAUCUGGAGAGGGCUCAGCAGUUAAGAGCACUUGUUGCUCUUCCAGAGGACCUGAGUUCAGUUCCUAGCACACACAUCAGGUGACUCAUAACCAUCUGUAACUCCAGCUGUUGGGGAUCAGACAUCUUCUUCUGGCCUCUGGGCACUUGUACACACAGACAAAAUUAAAUCUAAAUGGGGGGUUAGUUUUGGGGGGUAGUUAAUUCUGUAUCAGGAUGCCUUCACAGGCAAAGGUGGUGCAGCUGGAGGAGGAAAGUGGCAGUGAGCUUUGGGUGACAUGAAGGGGAGCCCAAGGGGUCCGUGCAGGAAGGAGAGCUGGAGGAAAGGGAAGAGGUGUGCAGGAAGGAACAGACAGCCACAUGGGGCUUUGAGGGCCACCAGCAGAGGUCCAUAUCCAACACCCCAAUGAAAGGCUGAUACAGUCCUCAUUUGAAGAUAACAUAAACAGAGGAGCCCUAUAGCUGUGAGGUUACCAGCUAGCCUGCAGAAGAAGGCCAAGGCCAUGAGACUCUCGUCCCAGAGCCCUGGCUAUUCAGGGCAACACCAGCAUCUGGGAGCGCCUUGUUUAAACAAGUCAUUGGGUCCCAGCCAGCUGGUUGGUGCUCCCAUGCUCAUGGUAUUGAGAAGGCUGGAGCCAAGCAUUUUGGAAUUUCUGUAAAGAUUAACUCCCACAACCUGUCAACAUGGGGCCAAAUCAACAGACCACAGAUACAAUUUCCAUGUGUUGGGCCCAUUCUGCCUUGUAUUUCACAGGCUAGACCUAGCUCACACUCCCUACCAUCACCCUCCUGAGCAGGUAUCCUUACUCCUGAUAACCAGGAAGGAAAUGCAUGGGUAUCUUUAGCUUGGAGUUUUGCUCUCAGAUGCUGGAGGGAAUGCUAAGUGGAAAAAAGUAUUUUCUUCUGCCACAGUGGCAUUUGACAGCCAAACUCCUGCCUUUUUAUUACUUGAUAUUCUCAGGCCCCAUUUUGUGGUCACUCGCUGUGUACUACUAAGUGCUGGGUUGGCAGUUCACGUACUUGGUACCACCAGCACUUUGAUUCCUUAAAGAUCCAGCUCUUACAUA